AGCCAUGGCGAUCAUCGUGCUCAGCUCAUUUGCAUUUGAAUUGAAAGAUCAAGAGAGAAAUCAAGAAGAGAUCGAGAGGAUCGAAGCUGUAAUCUCCGUAGAGAUGGCGGCGGCGGCAAUGGAUGACUCGUUCAGGAGGGCGGGGGCGAUACCGUUCAAGUGGGAGAUCUGCCCGGGGACGCCCAAGCACGCCAGGAGCGCGAGCGCCUCCGCGGCGUCGGCGGCGGUGGUGUCGCCGGUGCCGCCGGCGCUGGCCAAGGUGGCGACGAGGCAGCAGCUGGCGCUGCCUCCCUGCAUGACGUCGCCGCGCGCCUCGCCGUCGCCGUACUACCACUCCCCGCGCCUCUCCUCCGCCGCCGCGUGCAGGUCGGCGGCGUCGGCCUCGCCGUGCCGGAGCAGGUACGCCGGCGGCGGCAGCGCGUACCGCCCCCGCCCCACCGCCUUCCUCGACCUCGCUCCCCGAGCCACCACGGCGCCGGACUUGUACGGCGCCGCCCACGAAGCUGAUCACGACGAGCCCGCGGCGGCGCCGGCGUACGGGUGCUUCCUGCUCCCGUUGCUCCGGAGGAAAGGCAGCAGCAAGAAACGCGGCGGCGGCGGGUAUUCGUCCGGCUCCGGCGGCUCGAGCUCCUCCGGCAGCUUCAGGUCGGACGGCGAGCCGGGCGGUGGGCUGCGGCGGUCGGCGUCGUCGUCUUUCUCCUUCGCUCGCGGCGGCGGCAACCGGAUCAGGCUCGCCGCCGGAGCGAGGCAGCAGGAGGAGGUGGAGGCGGCCAGUGGCAGCUGGUUCUUCUGAUCAUCAUGUCGCCAUUGUUGAUUUGAUCAAGUUAAAGUUGUGAAGGAUUUAUUAGCUAGGAGAAAUUAAAGGAAUUAGCAGCUUUAAUUUUUGCGUUUUGUUGCGUGGUGAGGAUGAGAGAGCCCAGUUCGAUCGAUUACAUCAGACUGGUGGCUGUUUGUGUGUGUCAUGUGUAAAGAAGAUAGACAUGAACAGUUUACAUACUCCAUUGCAUUUCAUUUUAGUGGAGAGUCCACUCUAUAUGUUGCUGUUAAACUAGUGCAUUAACCGUCAAGAUUACA